AUGGAGAACCGCAUUACACGUCCCGCCGCCGAGGGCGAGAUCAUAUAUCCACAGCCACGAUCAUACGUCUCCAGUGGCUGGGAGUACCAGCAACCAGGCCAUCACGAGGAUGGCCGAUAUGAGGAAGACACACCUGAGGAAGAAGAUGCCGUCCUCGUAGCUCGAGGCCGAUCCCCGCCGCCGGCCCAUAUCAACGAGGCAACAGGCCCCAGGACCUUGUUCUUCCCAGAAGCGACAUCAGCCUCGCACCACAGACACGAGAACGCCCUCGCCAGCGACGGAAUCCACCUCCCCCGCCUCCAUCCCGGCCUAGCACCCGUCUUGAAAUGGGAUUCCCCCCGCCCGCCAAAGCGAGCCCGUGAUCUCCUCCACCUAGUCGACUACCAUUUUGGUCCUCCCUGGGCACGCCGCCGGAUCGACGAGUACACCACGUUCGCGCACGAUGUCACCCUGCGGUAUUCGCAGGCCCAGGACUACUUUUGUGAGCAAGAGGCUCUGUGUCCCUUAAUACCACUGCCCAAACGUCGUACCGACGACUCUAUCCCCAACAUCGUCCAGGACGAGCACCGCCACGUCAGAAAUGCAUCUUCGCGGCCGGGGCUGGCGUAUCAUGGUCCUCUCGUUCCGGCGCGGGGGGCGGAGUAUGGCGGGUCGCCGGCUCCUCGACCUGUGCUCCAGCCUCGUUUGAACAUCGACAACCUUGCGGUUCGGCGUGAGACGCAUUCCUAUCGCUUGCCACCCGUUUUUGAGCAUGAACCUGGAGAGGUCUGGGAGCUGCAGGAGGUUCAAGAGGUUCAAGAACAAUCCCAGCAGACUUAUACUGGGCUCUUGAACACUCCCAUCUAA